AUGUAUUCGAAGCGUAACGAAGACUUCGCAUUUCAUUGUAAGAACAAUCUAUCUAUCGUACGUAUCAACAUAAUUUUCAUUUGUAAGAACAAUCUCUCUAUCGUACGUAUCCAUAUAAUAUUCAGUUGUAAGAACAAUCUAUCUAUCGUACGUAUCAACAUAAUUUUCAUUUGUAAGAACAAUCUCUCUAUCGUACGUAUCCAUAUAAUAUUCAGUUGUAAGAACAAUCUAUCUAUCGUACGUAUCAACAUAAUUUUCAUUUGUAAGAACAAUCUCUCUAUCGUACGUAUCCAUAUAAUAUUCAGUUGUAAGAACAAUCUAUAUAUCGUACGUAUCCACGUAAUAUUCAAUUGUAAGAACAAUUUAUCUAUCGUACGUAUCCAUAUAAUAUUCAGUUGUAAGAACAAUCUAUCUAUCGUACGUAUCAACAUAAUUUUCAUUUGUAAGAACAAUCUCUCUAUCGUACGUAUCCAUAUAAUAUUCAGUUGUAAGAACAAUCUAUCUAUCGUACGUAUCCACGUAAUAUUCAAUUGUAAGAACAAUUUAUCUAUCGUACGUAUCCAUAUAAUAUUCAGUUGUAAGAACAAUCUAUCUAUCGUACGUAUCAACAUAAUUUUCAUUUGUAAGAACAAUCUCUCUAUCGUACGUAUCCAUAUAAUAUUCAGUUGUAAGAACAAUCUAUCUAUCGUACGUAUCCACGUAAUAUUCAAUUGUAAGAACAACUUAUCUAUCGUACGUAUCAACAUAAUUUUCAUUUGUAAGAACAAUCUCUCUAUCGUACGUAUCAACAUAAUAUUCAAUUGUAAGAACAAUCUCUCUAUCGUACGUAUCCAUAUAAUAUUCAGUUGUAAGAACAAUCUAUCUAUCGUACGUAUCCACCAAAAACCUUUAAGCAUUCUCUCUCUAUCUAUCUAUCUAUCUAUCUAUCUAUCUAUCUAUCUAUCUAUCUAUCUCUACAUUUGA